UUGAUCGAUAUGCAGAGCCAGCCAGAUGGAAAACAUCGUUUCAUUCUAAACUACCAGGAUCACUUGACGAAGAUGGUGUGUCUUCGGGCUCUACAGACGAAAACUGCUGAAGAGGUUGCUUUCCACCUCGUUGAUAUAUUCUGUAACAAAGGAGCCCCCCAUAUCCUGCAGUCUGACAAUGGAAGAGAAUUCUCAAAUAAGCAUGUCAAGGAAGUUCUGAGUGCAAGAUGGUUCAUGGCAAACCACGACAUUCCCAAUCGCAGGGCUCGGUGGAACGUGCCAACAGGGAUAUUGAAGCCAUUCUCGCAUGUUGGAUGAAGGACAACAACUCUACACAAUGGUCACAGGGACUGCGCUUUGU